CCCAUCCUGUGGUGGCUAACCAUAGGGAGGAGAUUAAGGUCCGUCCCAUCUGCACGGUGGGAACACAAGACAAGCAGAGCUCGAUCAACGACUGAAGGUUAAGCUCAUCGACUCCGAUGCCAGGUAUCUGAGUCAGAGUGCAUGUAAGAAGAACAAGAUUAUGGGGACAUGAAGGCUCGUCCUAGCCGCCAGCCGGAGAUAUAGGGUACUAUGGCGAGCAAUUUACAGAACAAAAGUCCACUCACAAGGGAGUUUCGACUCGAGUUCUUACAAAGUAUUACGAAUAAUUUUUCUGACGACCGUAUAAUUGGCAAGGGUGGGUUUGGAGUAGUUUACAAGGGAGUAUUGAACAAUGGGGAAGAGAUUGCCCUGAAGAAGCUUAAUCACACAGGGCUUGACGACAAGGAAUUUACAAAUGAGUUCAAUAACAUUAUUAGGGCUCAUCAUCAAAACAUUGUACAGUUUGCUGGCUAUUGCUACCAUCCAGGUACUAGCUGGAUAAUGCACGAUGGACAAUAUAUCUUUGCUCAUGAGCCAAUAAGAAUUCUUUGCUUUGAAUAUUUGCACGGUGGAAACCUUGAGAGUCUCCUUUCUGAUGAGCAGCCAUGCAGACCUGAUUGGCAGACAUGUUACAAAAUAAUUAAGGGAGUCAGUCAGGGUUUGAAUUAUCUUCAUAAUGCACAUGAAGAAUCUAUUUAUCAUCUAGACUUAAAGCCGGCCAAUGUAUUGCUGGACAAGAAUAUGAUUCCGAAAAUUGGAGAUUUUGGUAUAUCAAGAAUCUUCUCAUUAACAAAAACCAUUACCACUGCAACACGAAUGAUGGGGACACUGGGAUACAUGCCACCAGAAUAUAUCAACAAACAAGAAAUCUCACCAAAAUAUGACGUGUUCAGUUUGGGUGCCGUAGUCAUACAAAUAAUGGCUGGACGCCAGAGGUACCGCGAUUGUGGAAGUAUUUCAAAUGAGAAAAUCAUUGAGCUUGUAUGUGAGAAAUGGCGAAAGCUACAUCCAACAAUGUCGUCACACACAUGGCUAGAAAUCCAGACAUGCAUCGAAAUAGCAUUAAGAUGUUUGGAGGAUGACCAAGAUAAACGACCGACUAUAAAAGAGAUUGUCGGUGAACUUAAUAGGAUUGGUAUUGAAACGCUGUCACUUUCAAACGAGGCUACAAACUUACAAAGUAGGGAGGCCUUGGCCUAUAACCACCACAACAACUCAGCUUCUAUCGGGGUACAUGAAAACAACAAUUGGUUCGAAUCCCGUGCCGAGCCCAUGGAUUGUGAACAUGAGUCCAUCAUGAGGAACCCCAAGAUCCAUGCUAUUGGAGGGCGUGAAGAUGUGACCAGGGCCGAUAAUUGCGAUGGCUUCCAGAACUCGAAUAUCAGGGAGAAAGGAAGUGUUCAUACUUCUGCCAUCAUCAUGGAUAUAAUGAACAACAAUACUUCAGUUGGCACUCUUGAGGAAAGGUAUCAAAAUGAUCUACUUCAGUUGCAAAGUGGCUUGGAAUUCCUGAGUGAUACUCUUCCUGCAAAGCAUGACCUCAUCGAUCGAGCAGAGUGGAGAAGCCACAAGGAUAGUGUGGCGAUCCUCCUUCCAAAGCUCAAGGAUGCAGUCUACGAUGCUGAAGACCUUCUUGAUGAUCUCAGAUGGUACAGCCAUAAGGUGAUAGUGGAAGGCAAUGCGAACAAAUUAUCUAUUACUGGCUUCUUUAGUAGCUUCAGCAAAGUGAAUGAUAUCGAUAAAAGGUUGGUUAAUAUUUCCGAAUGCCUAGAGAAAAUGGGGUUGGGUGAAGCGACACCACGGUUUGACAAAUCAGUCAGGCCAGAGACUACCUCAUUUUGCAAUGAAACAAAAAUAUUUGGUCGUGAUGUGCUGCUAAAGAAGAUGAUGAGAUUGCUCAAUGUGCCUACAAAUAGUAGCGCUGGUUCAAAACGCAAGUGGAAACCUAGUGCAGAUGGUGCGUCAACAAGCAAUCAAGUUAGUAAUGAAUCAAGAUUAGCUGAUCUUCCAGUUUUACCAUUAGUUGGAAUCGGGGGUGUUGGAAAGACCACUUUGGCCCAGCAUAUCUGUAGUCAUCCACUAGUGAAGUCUCACUUCAAAAUAAUAAUUUGGAUUUGUGUUUCGGAUGAUUUUGAUGUGAAGAGGUUAACAAAAGAGGCUAUAGAAUCCUGUACAGGUAAAAAGACAAAAACUGACAAUCUAAAUUCUCUUCAGAUUGUUCUUUCUGGCACACUGAGCAAUGAAAGGUUCUUGAUUGUCCUCGAUGAUAUGUGGGAUAAUGCUCUGAAGGAAGAUGGCAUGUGCUGGAAAAAGUUUUGUGCACCAUUAAAAAAUGUGCUACAAGGAAGUAUGAUGUUGGUCACCACUAGAUCACAAAAGGUUUCUGAGUUAGUGCACACUAUGGAACCUAUUAUAUUGGAAGGAUUAAAGGAUGAUGUCUUCUGGAAUUUCUUCAAACUAUGUGUGUUUGGGUCUGAGAGUUCGAAUGAUUUUCCAGAUUUGGAAGACAUUGGUAGAGAGAUACUUCCAAAGUUGAAGGGCUCUCCUUUAGCUGCUAAAACUCUUGGACGCAUGCUACAGAGUGACCUUCAUACAUCACACUGGAAUAGUAUACUAGACAGUGAAUUGUGGGCGUUGGACCAAGAGGCAACUGAUAUUGUGCCAGCUCUUCGAUUGAGCUACAUGUAUUUACCGUUCCACUUGAAGAAAUGUUUCUCAUUUUGUGCUGUGUACCCCAAAGAUAAGCAGUUUGAAAAGGACAGCUUAGCUGAAAUUUGGGCGGCAGAAGGCUUUGUGAAACGCCAGGGUGUUAUUCCCGUUCAAGAUAUUGGAUGUCAAUACUUCAAUGACCUUUUAAAUCGGCCAUUCUUUCAAAAAGUUCAAGGUAAAUACGUAAUCCAUGACUUGUUGCAUGAUAUGGCACAGAAAGUUUCAGAGGAUGAUUGUUACAUUGUGAAGAAGAAGGAUGACUUUAGAAGAAUUCCUCCAAAUGUCCGCCAUCUGUCAAUACUAUCUAGCAAUGACAUCGACAAUUCUGACUUGUCGAUCCUCUGCCGGUAGAAAAAGCUUCGUACC